AAUAUUAUUAUUAUUUUUAUUAUUAUUAAUAAUAAUAAUAAAAAAUAGGACAGAGUAAAUAAAAAGUUAAUGUAUAAUAAUAUUUAAAAGUACAUACAGCUACAACUACCAGCAAGUAGUAAUAGUGUACAGGAAUUUGUUGGUGAACAAAACGUAGGGACGUUGGUACGGAAAAAAGUGCCGCGUUGUUCCGUCGUGUUAACGAAACCGUGGGCCCUUGGUGUUCUUUGUCAUCCGGUUUAUUUCGACGGCACGUCAAAAAAAAUAAAAAUAUCCGAGAAUAAGUAAAAUUUAAAUUUAAAUAUUAAUAAAAUAAUUUGAAAAUCUUAAUUAGGCGAAGCUGUCAAGUUUAAAGUUAAAUAAAAAAGCCGGGUGUCCAAGGGUUGAUUUUUGACUGGGGUGAGACCGGGGUUGAUUUCCUCGAAGUACAUAAUCGUGUGUGUCACCCGUGUCCUCGUUUAUUAACAACACGAACGGAAUAUGGACACGGGAGACAUCAGAUUGUCGUAGUCACGAGCGUAAGAUGGCGUUAGUGUAACGAAAACUCGAGUAACUUACUUUACUUACACACUUAUACAUACAUAGAGCGAGAGGACCAGCAUAUAGACACCCUGAGAAAACGGGACUACUGUCUCUACCCAUUAUAUACAAUAUCGUACCACGGGAAUAAUAUUAUAUAUUAUUCCCGUUUUUUAAACAAAAUACGUCCAUCUUACGGGUUUAUUUUUCGUCUCAUAGUUUAAAAUGUCGUUACAGGAAGUCCAAUGUGGGUUAAAAUGAGAUGGCAUCUAGGGAUAAAAAACCCUUAGCGUCUUCAAAAGCAAAGCAAAAGAGCAACAAUAAUGCCAGUUUGUCACCUUCAUCAAGCAGAACAAAUAAAAAUGAUAAUAAUGAUAACAAUAACAGAAAUAAAACAAUACUAGCAUUGAUAGCAAGUAUACCAAGCAGAAGACAGAAAAUAACUGCGAGAAAAUCAACAGCAGCUAAUUACAGCGGUAAUUAUACAUCUAGACUUAGGAGUGUGCCUUCAUUGAUUGAUGAUAAUAAAUCGACGACAACAACUGAGGAUAUUGGAUUGGAUACAACAUUGUAUCCUAAGAUGAGACCAAAACAAUUUGCUGUUAAAUCUACUGGAUCAAUACCAUCACCAUCUUAUUAUCCAUCUAGACUCAAAAGCGUGCCUUCAUCGGUUAACAAUAAUAAAUCAUCAGCGACAAAUAUUGUACUGGGUAAUUCAAAAGCUAGGGGUAGCAAUCAAGAACAGAGUAUUGAGUUUAGUGGCUCGUUGAUUGAUAAAAAUUCCCACAGUACUUCUUGUUCUUCAACAAAUUCUACUGCUACUGCAACAGUUACGGCAACAACACAGAGCAGUAGUCCAAAGUCAAAUAAAAAAUUGAAAACUGUAUCACCGGAGUCGCAAUUGAAAAGUGCAAAAGUAACGAACAAAAUUUCCGAACGUAAAAAAUCAAUUGUCAGAAAUUCAGGUAAAUUAAAAAAUUCAGUUGAUUCAACAAUUGACGAAGUUGUAGCACUUAUGAUAAGUGGUACGGAAACUGAUGAGUUACCGCCGGUUGAUCCGGAUAAUAAACUUGAGGGUAAAGUAACGCGUAGUAAAAAAAUGUUGUUUGAAGAGUGUGAUAUUAAGAAGGAAUUAAUUGAAGCUGAGGAAGAGACUAAGUCUGAAAACGAGAGUGUGGAAACAAAUUCGGAGGGCGGUAGCCAAGGAAAUCAAUCGAAACGACGAGUGAGUCAACGUAGUUUGAGAAAUGGUAAACUCAGACAAUUAGAUUCGAUGGAAGAUAAAAAAGUUCGUCGUAAUGCUGAGGAUGAAACUGAUAAUGCUGAUGAUGAGUCGAGUAAUGUUGAGUCUGGUGGACAAAAUGAAGUUCCGGAUAAUGAUGACAAUACAGAGAUGGAAAAAAAUAAUAAUAGUGAGCAAGUCGACCGUAGUGUUGAAGGAGAACAACCUGGUGGGCCUAAUUUAAGAUCUAAAGCUAAAGCCAAGAGUACUGAUACUCCAAUAACUGUUGAAGACACACCAGUUAUUGACAGUAAAGUUGCGACAGCAGGGAUAAAAAGUUGUGCUGAUGAGCCAACAAGAAAAUCAUCCGGUUAUGAGUUACUGAGAAAAAAUUGUCUGUUGAGUAAAUUAACAGUUGGUGAUAAACAAUCACUUAAACCAAGACGCAGUAGUCUGAAUAUUGAUGUCAAAAAAACAAUGGGUCCAUUGUAUGGUAGUGAAAAAAUAGAUGGGGUUGUUGCUAAAUCACAAAUAGAUCAAAUGAUUGAAGAUAUUAAAUUAAAUAUCGCAAAAUCAAUAGAAAGUAAAAUUGAAAGUAAAAUGUUAUCACUUGAAAAAUCAUUAGGAAUAAAUAAAAAUUUUGAUAUUCCAAAGAUUGAAGAAAUAGUAGCACCAUUGAGUACAGAAACACAAAAAGUUAUUGUACUUGAUAAAAAUAAUGAUGAAGAAAUAAAACCUGAUGUAUCUAAAUUAGAGACUGUGGCUAACACCAGUACUGAUAAUAAUAAUUCUGUACCCAAGGUAGCUGACACUGCCAAAGAGAUUGAGAAGCUAGUCAUGGGUGACAAUGUAGAGGAUAAACAACAGAUUGCUGAGUCUGCUGAAACGUCCAAGGAUGAGGAUACUGCUGCUGCUGCUGCUGCUGCUGCUGAUGAUGAUACUGAUGCUAAUAACACACCAGUUACGUCGAAAGAGAGUGCGGUAGAAUCACAGAGUGAUAAUGAUCAAAGUCAAAGCUCUUUGCAGUCUAGUGAAAGUUUGGAAGCAGCGACAACAGCAACAGCUACUGCAGAAGAAGAUGAAACAUUGAGUUGUGAUGAUAAAGUUUCUGAAGAAGAAUUGCAGGCGGAUACGAUUCCGGUGGAGUCUUGUGAUUCUCAAGCUAAAGAAACGGAAGAAGAAACUCUGGAAACUAUUUCACUGGAAGUUGAAAGACUUGUUACUGAAUCUUUGCCAACAAAUUUAAAGGAUACUCAGAGUAAUGAAAGUGAAGAAGAUGAUAAUUUGGAAAUGGAUCUUGAGAUGAAAGAAAAUAAUGAUCAAGUAGGGGAAAAUAAUGAUCAAGUUGUGGAAAAUGAUGAUGAAGACAUGGAAAAUAAGGAUGAAGUUGAGAAAAUGGAUGAUGAAGUUAAAGAUAAUGAUGAAGUUAUAAAAGAAAAUGAAGAUAAAACUAUAGAUGAAGUUGUUGAAGAGUCUGUUGUUAAUGAAGAAGUAGAAGAAUCUGUUGUUAAUGAAGAAGUUGAAGAAGAAGAAAAGGAAGAUGAUGAUAAUGAUGAUGAUGAAGUUGUCAAAGAUGAUAUUGAUAAUGAAGUAUCAGUGGAAAAAGUAAAUGAUCAGGUUACUGAUGUUGAACAAGAAUUAAAAUCUGAAGAAAAGCAGAAAUCAGUAACUCCAGAGCCAAGUUCUAGUUGUCAAAUAGAUAAAUCAGCUAAAAAUACUCCAGAAAAAGAAGCAGAGGUGGCAGUACCAGUUGAAGAUGAAAUAAAAUCACGAGAAGAAAAGUCAAGUGAUGUAAAUAAAAGUGGUGUUGAAGAAGGCAGACGUGUUCUGAGAGCGAGAGACAAAUUGAGAAAGUCUGAGAAAGCUUUGAAAGCCGCUGAAGCCAGUGGUGAAGUAAAAUCAGAUGAUUCUAAAAUAAAUAAUAGUGCAGAUGAAACAGUUGAGUCGGGAAUGAAAUCAAAAGAUGAAAUUGAAGUUCCAGUUGUUGUAAAAAUUGAAGAACCAGAGCCGAUAACUCGCACAAGACGGAGUCGUGAUGUUAAAAAACGCAAAGAGCUUGAAACGUCACCUCAGAGUUUGAAGAGCAAACGGAGCCGACGUGAUACUAAAAAAUUGGAUCAACAAAAAGAAGAAACUUUAUUGGACAAUGAAGUUGCUACAAUAAAUGAAAAUAAACGAUCAUUGUCUGUUGAUAAAUUGACUAAACGAAUAGAAGGUACCAAGAGCUUACGUGUUUUUUCCCCAUCUGAAACCACACGUGUUAAGAAUAUUGACAAUCGCAGUAAAUCUGAAAACGAUAUUGAGCCGUCAAAAAGCGGAAAAACUGUUCGACUAUCAAGAGAUAGAUGUGAUAGUAUUAAACCAAAGGAAUCAUCAGUUAAUCCUGCUAAUGAACAAAUUGAAAAUGUUGAAGUUAUUGCAGAAGAAACAAGUAGUGGAGACGCAGUACCUGCUAUUGCUCUUACAGAAGUAUCUGAUAAUGAAUCAAAAGCUGGUAAAAUUUCUGAAAGUGUUUUAAAAGACUCGGACGAAGCUUCGACGUCUGGUGAAUCAACAAGCAGUGUUUCAUUUAAAAUUCUUGAAACACCUGAAGACAAAGCACGAAAAGAAUCAAUUCUCCGUCUUCUGGGCUUAGAGUCCCUGGAAAAAGCUGCUGAACGAUUACACCAAAAAGCUAAACGUGAACAGUACACUGGCACAUUGAAGACGAUUAUUAGAGUCAGCAAGGAUAAGGACAAGGACAAAAAACAAUCACGGUCUCCAUUGAAAAUGGUACUCAAGCAAGGGAGAAAUGAUGGAGAUGGAGGAGAUACUUCGGAGUUUUACACCAUUCAGAAGGAGCUUGGAACCAGUGGUUUGGGCGAUAGCAGCUCUGGUGCGAACCGAAAGCUCUCUACUAACCACAGACAAUCUUGCGAUGAAGAACACGAGGACACGUCAUUUAAAACUCGACCACGUUUGAUAAUACCAGAAAAAUACUCUUCAUUUUCAAUACAUCCAGGGCGGCCGUGUGCUGAUAACUGCUGUUAUUGUUUUGGAAAAUUUGGCUCUCUGGACACGCCAAUGCAUUUAGCCCAAUUGAAAUCUGAUGAACGAAGGAAAAAAAUUUUAUUAACUGAAGGCCAUCUUAACAAAGACUCGUGUCUUUGCGAUGCGUGUUAUCGUCAUGUUGAUAGAAAAGCAAACAUGAGUCCAACAAAUACAAGUUCAAAACCCCAACGAGUACAUCGUCAACUAUUAGUCUCAAAAUGUUACGUAAAAGAUUGUCGAGACCCAGCAAGACAUACCGUCAAACGACGUUGGAUUCACAAGAUCAAACCUUGUAUUCAAAAUCAGGUGAUAAUUGACGUUAAUCCCGAACCCAGUCAACACACAUCAAUGUAUUUUUGCGUUGAUCAUUACGCGAUAAUUGAACAGUUUUUAAUCUGUUCACUGUGUACCCGUCGUUUAACUCGAAAUCAAACUCAUCAUUUAAGUGCAUCGGAGACCAAUGAGUUGAAUCGUUUAUUAGAACAACAGAGAAUACCCGUAUCAGUAACAGCUGGUACAUUUCUUUGCAAACUCUGUCGAUAUUUUAUGACCACUCAAUUCAAGUACAAGGAUAUUGAAAAUAUGAGUGCAAAUAAUAAAACAUUUACCAAGGGUUAUCGUAAACGUUUGUUAGAACUCCACAACAUUGAGCUAAUGGACGAUGAUGAUGAGGAGUCAUCAUCAACCCAGGGUAUGUCUAUUAAAGACAAACGUAAAAAAUCUAAAAACAGUUUGAACAAAAGUGCUAGUAGUGUUGGUAGUGCCGGUGGUAGUGCUGCUAAUAAUAAUAGUGCUAGUGGUAGUGGCCCAUCAAAAUCACCAAUUGAUAAUUUAGACAAAUCAACAUCUGAAAAAUCAACACCCGAACCAGUUAAAUCAAAUCCACUUGCAACAUCACAAAUAGAAGCUACAGAAAAUCGUGAAUCAUUUGUCGAUCAACGUCCUAAGGCUAGUAAUGACGACAAUACAACGACUGAAACUCAAAUUCUUGAUUUAGAAAGUGCUGUAGAAAAAUUAAAAAAACGUAAAGCAUUAGAUCAACAUUUAUAUUCAACAACAUCACCAGUAUUUAAUAAUAACAACAACAACAACAAUAAUAAUAAUAAUAAUAAUAAUAAUAAUAAUAAUAAUAAUAAUGACAAUAGUAGUGAUGUUGUUGAAAUACUAGCAAUGGACAAAGAAGUUACCUUAACACGAUUGCCAAAGCGACCAAGACUCAACAAUGAUAUAACUCCAGUUGUUCAAAGACUCGGUGCAAAUCCAUCAAUAAGUGUACGAACAUUAUUUCCAGGUGAAGAAGAAAUGGGUUUACAUGCAAACGUUGAAUUUUCAAAUGUACGCGAAGUAACACCACAAGGAUGGGAAAAAUGUGCAACAAUAAUACAAUACGAUCGUGAUACUAAAUUACUUUGGCAAGAGCUUCAAAGGCCAUACGGUAAUCAGAGUUCAUUUUUACGUCACUUGAUACUAUUAGAGAAAUAUUAUCGUUCUGGUGAUCUUGUACUGGCACCAAAUGCAUCACGUAACGCUAUUAAUUAUUCAACAUCCGUACAAAAUCGUCUAAUAUCAUAUGAAGGACCAGAAAAAAUGGAUGAGCCGAUAACAGAUCCAUUGCCUACUGAAUUUAGUAAUUCAAGACGUUUGAGUGGUGGCUAUAUGAUGGAGAGAGACAGACUAUCAACUGGUACUCCAAGUACUAGUACUUUGUUAAAUACAACGUCAAUAAAUAAUCCAACAUCUGUUAAAUCAAAUUUAAAUCAACAAUUACAACAACAAUCGCAACAGCUCAAUACCAAAUCAAAUCCACCAAGAAUAUUAAAAAUAAAUAGUGGAGUUUCAAUUAUUAGAAAACCACCGCCAAGUCUUCAAAGACUUAAUUUACCAUCAGCUAGUGGUAGUAGUAAUAAUAAUAGUAAUAGUAAUAAUAAUAAUAAUAACAAUAAUAAUAAUAAUAAUAGUAAUAAUAAUAAUAGUAAUAAUAGCAGUAGUAUUACAACAAAUCAUACUGCAAAUGGUAGUGCCAAACGUAAAGACGGUUUUCCAAAUAAAAUAACUGGUAGUACAUCUGGGGGUAAAGUAAUACAUAUGAGUGAACCAGACUUCAAACGUUUACAAUCUUUAAAAAAACAAAAAAUGUUGAGUGAAAAAAUGACAAGUUUAUCAUCACCGUCAUCAUCACCAUCAACAUCAACAUCUUUAUCGUCAUUAACAAAUUCAACGGCUGUGACAAAUGUUAAUGCUAAUUUACAACAACAGCAACAGCAAAAAACGGCACAAGUAGCAAGACAAAAUAUCCAAUUUCAUGAACAUAUUAGAAUGCAACAGGAAAUGUUGAAUCGACAAAGUCGGGGUGAUUUUGAACCAAUUAUUUGUGAUGUUAGAUCACUUAUUAAUGAAAAUACACCGACGCAAAAUCUUAUAAAUAAUUUAAAUUUACCUAAAUCAAUUCAAGUAACAACAAAACCAUCUAGUAAUAAUCCAAUACCAAUAUUACCAAAAAUGCCUAAAUCAUUAACGGUAAUACCACAGACAAUACAUCGUACUGUUGAUAAGUGACAAAAAAAUAAUAUUAUUAUUAAUCGUAAUAAUAAUAAAAAUAAAAGACGUUUUAAAAUAAAACGAAAAUCUAAAUGACUAAAAAUUUAUAAGUAAUUAAAUUUUAAUAUUAAUUAAUUAAUAUAAAAAAUAAUAAAUAAUUAUUAAAAUAUAUUUGGUGAUGAAAAUGAUGAUUUAAGAUUUAAGAGACAAAGAUAUGUAAGUAAACGUAAUUAUUUUUUUGGUAUAAAAGUUGUGUGUUGUCACAUAUUUAAAAUAUUUGAAGAAAAUAUAUAUAUAUAUAUAUUUAAUUUUGUAUUUUAAAAUAUAAUAAUAAUGCACAUAACACAUUUGACAGCAACAUGUGACCAAGAGAUAAAGACGUGAUUGAUAAUUAUCUAAAAAAAAAAAUGACUGAGAAUUAAAAAAAAAAUAAUGUGGCGUUAAAAUAAUAAUUAUAUAAAUUUAAAAUUAUUUAUAUCAUAAUUAUUACGUGUCAAUCAACUAUUGAACACAAAAAGUGCCUAAUUAUCACAAUAUAUAUAAUGAGAGUUAUAUAUAUUUAAAAAAAAAUCUAUAGUGAGAAAAAAACUAAUUGAUAAAUCGUUUAUAGUUUUUAGUGAUUUAUUAUUAUGGUUAUAACCAAUCAAUAAAAAUUUAAUUAACACAUUACAU